UUCUUAUUUAAACUUCCUUGAAUUUGUUUCAAACUAUUUCUUUUGUGGGUUAACCAUUAUAAUACUCCAUUAUUAGUAAUUUUGAAACACAGCCUAUACAGAUAUUUGUCGUAUAUCGAAUGUUGUUGCGUUGUUUUAAUUUUUUACAUGAAAGGUUAUAAUGUUCUGUGAAUAUUGUAAGGACAUAUUAUAUAAGCACAAGUCACAAGAACAUCGUUGGAGUCAUUGGGAUAACUGCGUGCCACUCGAUCGUCAAGUUAAGCAAAGUCUAGUGUGGUCAACACAUGGAAGGGUAUUCCGCUUGGAAUCGAAGCUAUCGACGGAUGCAAGACGCGAGAAAAUGAAGAGUAAACUUUUUUACAUAACAAUAAUAUUACAGUUAUAUAACAUUUUAGUAACAUGUGAUAUUUCUGUUAUGUAACUGCAACUUUCUAUGAGUGGGAAAUUACAAUUAACAUGUAUAUUGCUUGUAACGUACACGUUAUAUUACGUGUUACAUUUCGUUACAUUACGACAAUGUAACUGUUACAUAACUAUAUUUACUGGGAGUUGUUCUCACGGCUACUUAAAAUCAGUUCUCACAGAUCUUAGGCAGAUUAAAAAUUAAACGUUUUAAAAAUGGCUGGCGAAUUGUCGGAACAUGAAAGAAUCAUUAUCCUCAUGAUGCAUGGAUGGGGUGAUAACGAGCGGUCGUACGCUGCUGUCGCUCAAUUAUUUAAUGAGACGUAUCCGAAUCGUCGAAUUAAUAAGUCCACUGUCUUAAAAACAAUGGAACGUUUCAGAGAAACUAGUAGCGUAAACAAUCGCCCUAAAUCAAAGAGAUCUGCCAUUAACGAAGAAAAACAACUUGUUCUGCAGACAUUUAUUGAAUGUCCCAAUUCUACUAUUGACAGAGCCGCUCAAACUUACGAUAUUGCUCCCAAGACCGUUUGGAGAAUUUUAAAGAAAAACAAGUUCCAUCCAUACAAAUUACAAUAUGUUCAAGAAUUGCAAGACGGAGAUGUGGAGCGUCGUACAGGUUUCUGUGAAAGAAUGAUGGCACUAAUAGAUGUCCGGCCCAUGUUCCCUUAUCAAAUUGUUUUUACAGAUGAGGCAACUUUCACGUUAACGGGAGAAGUUAAUAAUCAAAAUUUUCGUUUCUGGUCAGAUGAGAAUCCGAAUUGGGUGCGGGAAACUCACACACAAUACCCACAAAAAAUAAAUGUAUGGUGUGGAAUAAUAGAUAAAUACCCACAAAAAUAAAUGUAUGGUGUGGAAUAAUAGAUGGCUAUUUAAUAGGACCGUUUUUUUUUUAAGAAAAUCUGAACGCUCAAAGCAUGAUGGAGCUUCUGCUCAUUUUGGUUUAGGGCCACAUCAAAUUUUAAAUGAGACUUUUCCAUUACGAUGGAUAGGAAGAAGGAACAGAAAUGAGGGAGGAGAGAAUUGGCCACCUCGGUCACCAGAUCUAACUCCUCUUGAUUAUUAUCUAUAGGGACACCUGAAGAGUAAGGUUUACAAAACAAAACCUGAAAGCAUCUAAGAAUUGAUAUAGCGAAUAAGGGAUGAAAUAGAGUUGAUAUCUUUUGAGACGAAUCGUAUGGAAGAGCAUGGUCCAUCGAUACAUGGAAGAGCCAUUUCUGCAUUCUAUUACAGAUUGGCAUAUUGUCAGGAAGUAAAUGGCAGCCACUUUCAGCAUUUACUUUAAUACACUAAGUAAAAUUUAUUUUAAAACACGGAGUAAAAGGUUUUGAAUCAUUAAAGAGAGAUGACAGUUUUCAAUCAUCUUUUUUUGCAACCUAUCACGACUAUACAUACAACACAUUCACAUUUGUUUAGCCACACGCAUGCACACACAUACACACGCACGCACGCACGCACACACGCGCACGCACGCACACACGCGCACACACACACACACAUACACACACAAGGGAUCAGAUUCAUACGACUUCCACGCAGUUGAUCCUGGAUAACACUAACAAGGAGACCC